AGAAACAGAGGAGAGAGAGCAAAGCCCAGAAUUGUUGGAAAACGCCAUCAGGAUUGUGUCAGAUCAAAAUCAGAAGUCGGAAAGAAUAGAAUCUUUCGGGAGAUAUAUUUCAGCGUUAGUGAGUGCUAGUGCGAAUCGGUUUACACGGUCUGAAAAUUUGAUCUGUGGUGAUUAAAAAGGUUGUGUUGUACACUUAGGCGGAAAUCGAAGAAGGUGGAGAAUUUGCUAGAUUGCGAUUGUUACUAUAACAGUGAUUCCUCAGGGGUAAAAGCCCAGAAAGAAGUGCCAAAUAUUUUCAUGCAUGACAAGUUUAACUAAAAUUUGCGUCGCGAAUUUCUACCCGAGAACAAAAAUCCUCUACUAUACUUUUGGAUUAGUGCGGCCGUAAGCAAGUGAGUAGAUAAACAGUGUUAUGUUAUAAGCAGAAAUCCAGUUUGAACCCACGGAUCUAUAAACGUCCAGUUGAACUACUGUAGAAAGAGUGUUUUUCUCGACGAAGAAAGCAAAAAUCUGUCAAGCUGUGGGGAUCAGGGGCCUUUUUUAUUCCUCCGCAAGGAAUGUAUUACCCGCACAUGGUUCAGGCGGGAGUUGGGCCAUAUCCUGGUGCUGCAGGAUUUCCACCGGCCCCCUCCGCAGUGAAUCCAGACGCACUGUCAGUUGCAGUAGCGGUUAAGGCCGAUCAAGUCUCCCAACUUAAACCCGAUGGUGCACCGCCUCCUCCAACAUCAGUAGCACAAGUUUAUAUGCACAAAAAGCAAACAACGCCACAAACAGUUCAACCACAAUUUAGUCAUUCACCGAUAAUCGGAACAACACAAAAUGCUGGUAUUAUACCGACAUCGGGCUCAACAGCACUUCCUUUAAGUUUACCAGUUGCAAGUAAUAGUGCAACCAUUACAAAUGGAAUUGAACAACAAACACCUGAUUUAUUACAGCAAACGGAAUCGGAAACAACGGUGGCUCAACAACAGCAGCAGACACUUUCCAGUGCUGGAGGAGGUGGAGGCAGUAGUGGAAUUGUGAACACAAAUACAGCCCUCAACGGAAUGCCGCCAAAUUCCUCGAUAGCGAGUUCAGUUGGAUGCGCUUUGUCCAUGAGCAGCAGUGGAUUGAGCAAUAGCAGCACCAACACCGUAACAACAACAGAUACAAUAAAUACAACUUUAUCCGCGAGCAGUGAAAUCGUCGCCAGUCCCGGAGUAGCAACUGGAACAGUCGCGACUUGUGGACCCUCAUCAAACUCUGCAGGUUUGCCAGUUUUGGGUCUCCCAUCAAUGGCGUCCUCAAGCACAGUAGCGUCACAAACAACAGUCCCUACAGCGAUAGUAACAGGAAUUGGGGGAGCGGCGUCAGCAGCUGGUGGUGGGAUUGUGACAACUGCUGUAACUACACCGGCCGCAGCUGCUGCAACUUCACUUGCACUUGUAUCGGCUGCAGCACUAGCCUCUGCAGAUCAAAAGAGUCAACCAAAGCGACUCCAUGUAUCCAAUAUUCCAUUUAGAUUUCGUGACCCAGAUUUGAGAGCAAUGUUCGGGCAAUUCGGAACUAUUUUGGACGUAGAAAUAAUUUUCAAUGAAAGGGGCAGUAAGGGAUUCGGUUUUGUAACAUUCGCUAAUAGUAGCGAUGCGGAGCGAGCACGCGAACGUCUUCACGGCACUGUGGUUGAGGGACGCAAGAUUGAGGUGAAUAACGCUACCGCGCGUGUUCAAACUAAGAAAACACCGGCAGUACCAAAUGGUCAACCAUCAGUUUGUCUGACUAAAGAAGGCGCCGUAGCGGCUCCCGCUUUGGUUUGCGUUCAGUGGCCAGAAGCUGCUGCCCUACGUGGAGUUGCCAUACAAAGAGGACGAGCGAGAGCUGCUUUACCUGCAGCUGCUGCAGCCGCGGCUGCCUUUGCACGGCUUCCAACGCCACUGGCUGCAGCAGCGAAUCCAGCUAAUGCUUUGCAUGGAUAUACGCCCAGUGUAUAUUACGACCCAUUCUUAGCAGCGGCUGCAGCUACAGCAGAUGCCAAUAACUAUCGUUUUCAAGCAGCCAAACCGGUGACAGAGGUUCCAGCGCAGCCAACUAUUUUGAAUCGACGAACAAUGACCACGCUAAACAGCAGUCCACAUUCGCUCAACCGAAUCCAGGUUCCACAGAAUGUUUUGGCUACAGCACCAUUGUUAAAAACACCAUUAUCGACUGCUCAGCAAGCCUAUACGGCGGCUGCGACGUACACAGCGGUUGCUGCACGGGCUGCAUAUGGCGCUGCAGCAGCAGCGCAACCAACCGUUGCUCAGUAUGCAGCUGUUGCAGGAUACGGGCGAGAAUAUGCAGAUCCAUAUUUGGGUCACGGAAUUGGACCAGUGCCGACGUACGGGUCCGCAAUAUAUCGUGGCGGUUAUAACCGAUUCGCACCAUAUUAAAUGCCGAUAUACUCAAGUUAAAACUGUUAAUCGUACGUUUUGCCCACUAUAUGUAAUUGAAAAAAUCACAUAUACUUGGGUGGAUCCCAUUAAGCCAUCACGAUGUAGCAUAAGCAAGAAAUUUUGAAAAGAAACAGAAAUAUGAGAACCAAUAACUACUCAAAUGAGCCAUGACUUAUUCUAAGUGUGUAUAAGAAAUGUAAUCCUCAUUUUAUUCCUUAUUAUUUAGAAGAUAAGCAGCAUCACAUUAUUCAACUGUGCUAAAAACGUUUGAGAUUAUUCUUAAUGAUUUAUAUGUUAGUUUAUCAUUUUGUAUGUUUUGCUAUAAUGAACGGAAGAUUCCGUUCGUACUAUUAGUGAUUGCCUGUAAAGCCUGAAAAACAAUUGUGAAUUUCACUGAAAGCCACUAGCACAAAACCGAAUUACGCUAGAUAUCGUAACACUGUUGUGGAGUUUAUUGAGGGUAUAUAUGCAUAUAUAUACAUAUAAAAAAUAUAAUGCGAAGUAUGAGAUUCAUAGAGUAAAAUUAGUAAGAGCAUAAAACUUCUUCCGCAAUACAACCAUUAGGCAUAAAUUGUUGUAACGAAAUUUUUCGAUUUAUUUUUGAUUUUUGACAUGCAAUUGUAUUAAAAUGGAUCAUGUGAAAGUUAAAAUUGAAAGUAAAUGGCAAGCGCCAGUACAUACAUUUAAACCACUCUAUAUAAAAGGAGCCCCAAUGGUAAACCACGAACAAAUUUCUCAGUGAUGCUGUUUUUAUUUCCAUUUCAUUAUUCUGAUAUUUAUAAGUAUCUACUUGAAUAGAGUACGAAAUUGAAUGGCGCAUAACUUCCUAUUUUGAAUAAGGUGACUUUUAUUAUAUUCAUAUUUUCUAAAAUUAUACUCUGAUGGAGGUAUGAUUUAUUUUUCCACGGAAUGAGAAAAUAAAAGCUAUCUCAAGCACAAAUAUCUGAAAUACUCUAAUGACUGCCAUGUAGUUUGGCGACGUACGGAAGUAUAUCGAUUUUCGAUAGCAAUCUCGAAUAUUAAAAACUAAAUGUUUCAAAGAUUUAUCUAUGGAAAUUCAUGCAAAUUUUAUACAAUGAUUUGAUGUAUGCUUGAAAUUGAGUACAAAAACAAUUUUCUAGCCUACCACUGGUCGCAACGUUCUGAUUUGGAAAUUAAGCCUAUUCUACACUUAUUUCAAAUUUAUUAUAAAAAAUUGAGCGUACAUCAAUAGCAAUUUAAUGAUUUGAUCUCAGGCUUCAAAUGCUCCGGUUCACAUACAUGUUUUUUCUUUUAUUUGAAGCUGAUUAGAUCAUAGCAUAUUUUCAAUCAAAUGCACAUUUCAAUAUUCAAAUCUAUGAGCACGGCCGAUAAUUUUAGAUAGUGUUUCUUCACAUGAAAGAUACAAUUAGAAAAAAAUCAUAUUGUUAAUAAAAGUUCCAUUUGUAAAAUUUCUCCAAGGAAAAAUUCGGAACUAUUGACUUCUUUACUGUUGGAUUUGUAAGAAGAACAUACAAGAAAAACCAAAAAGCAUAACAAUUUUUAUCAUAUCUACCCAUUAUUUACUAAAGUUAGUAAGGUAAAUGAAAUGAAGUGAGAACAGAUUUCUACAUCUAUUUGUCUGAUGUUAGUGAUAGUAGUAAUUAUUGUAUAAAUUUAAAAUAUAUAUUAUGGAUUAUUCAGCAGCGAUAUAGAGAAAUGAUGAGAAAAUAAAAUGCACUCAGAAGACACGCUACAAAUAUUGCAAUGAAGGCUACUUUUAAAAUUCGAUAACCUGAAGUAUUGAAGAUAAUAUGUCCACAACUCAAAUGAAGCUUUCUGUUUCAAACAUAAACCAGAAUAGUACACAUUUACUCGGAAUAUUGAAAAUAAAUAAGUAAUUAGUUGCGAUAGUAGUAAAGAAUAUGAGUCAAUGAGAAUUUGAAAAAUCGCUGAGGUUAGUUAUGAAAAAAUAACUGACAUAGUAACUACGAUAAAUCCAUGAAUUGUAUAACGCAGCCAAAGUUUGUUACUUAUAAGUUAAAUACAAAAGUAAUCUUAGGAGAGAUAAUUACUUGACAACUCCAUCUAAAUCCCAACAUAAUUUAUAAUAUGCAUACAAACAUAUAUACCGACGGGAAACCACAUUGACAUUGUUUUACAGCUUUGUGGAAAGUGAAUAUGUUGAUUUUUACAUACAGUACAAUUCAGUGUGGGUUACUUUUUCGUAUGAAUCAUUUUCUCCAAUAGGAUGAAUAGAAUUCACCCUCAUGUUAGGUCUUUUUAAACGUUGCCGUCAUCCAAAGAUCCGUUGAUUGAAAUGAUAAAUAUCAAUCCUAUUUCAUAAUGAAUAACAACACAAAGUUCCGAUUCGUUCUACUAGCAAUGAUUGAUGAUGAUGUACAGUAGAAUCCCGAUAAUUCGUAUGGUUAAGGGACUGACGAUUUGGUACUAAAUAUCGGAAUUACCAAUUAUUGGGAGGGCAGAAUAAAGAAAACUAACUCUGCGGACUGGCAAAUUUGUAUGAAUUAGCCGGAAAUACUAAUAGUCGAUCUACGAAUUACUGGGAUUCCACUGUAUUUGGUUUACGUUUUUGGUUUUAGGUACAUUUUCAUUUUUCUCAAAAUGCACUCACACGUCUCCAUUUUUUCUGGAAAUAUUUGCCCUCAACUCUAAUAUGUAAUAAAUAUUUCAUUAAGAUACGUAGAUAUCGAAAUACUGAUGUAAUUUAAACACUAUGGCAGCUUACAAAAAACCAUUUUAGUUUACCUGAUUCAGACUUUAAAUUCUUAACACCAAUAAUUGUUCUGUAUCGUUUUCAAUAGUCCAAUAAUAUUUGGAGUAGUUUGAAAAAAUUAUUCUCCAUGCAAUUCCUUCUCUUAUCCUUAUCAUUGUAAACUAAAAAAACAUAAACGUUGAAAUUUAAAUUAUUUUUUUUUUCUUAUUAUAGAAAUUUGAGAUUUGACUUUACUUCAAAAAUGAUUAGUGGUAGAUCGAUAGGUUAAAAUUUACUAAGUGGAAUGACAUUUUGAAAGAUAAUUAUAUUUUGGAUAUAGGAAAUAUUAAUAGUUGCUCUCUAUUUUCACAAGUUUUGAUUUUGUUUCAUUUUUUAUGUUCAUAUAUUAUAUAGAUACAGGUAUAUGUAUAUAUAUAUAUAUAUGCGCUGGAAUCUCGUCUUAUUUCUCAUCUCCAUAUAGUCUUCCAUGUGUUGAAAAAGUGUUAAAUCAUACACAAUGCAAUUACCGCUCAGAGAACCCAGUUGGGACUCACUUUCAUAUAACUGGAGAAAUAAAUGAGUGCUUUCUGCAAAGAUAAUUGAGUAUUAACACUAACGAACUUUAACUGUCCGCCAUAAUGAAUAUCUUCCAGUGCUGUUUGAGGAACCGUUUAUUUAUGUUGAUUAUUCGAUACUAAAAUGUGGAAAAAGAUUCAGUGAGAUAAGUCGAAUCAAUUCUAGAUUCCUAAUUGUAUGAAUAUGUAUUGUUGUGCAUAGCAUCUUUGCUUGCAUAUAUAAGAAAUAAGCCAUUAUCGAAUGCAGUGCUUCCAAUUAUUACCACCAUUGAAUUCGAUACUUGAUGUCUUGAUGACUUGAAUAUUGAUUGAAAACGAGACAGAAAAUAUGUGCCGGCCCCGUCAAUUACAUAGAAAAGGGCAUACGAGUUAUUAUAAUUUAGUUGGAAAAAUAUUUGAGUUUAUAAUAUUAUUUUAAAAUUUUAUCCAUUUUCAUCAGAAAUUAAUUUCCCGCUAAUUUCUUUUCGAAUUAAAGUAUCAAGUGGAAUGUUGCAAUGGCGCGGAUAUCGAAAUUCAAAUGUUAACAAAAAAGGCCAGCAAACUUUGUAAAAAUGAUUUGGAAUGUUAAAUUGAAACACACUGAGGUAUCCAAAUGGCGGGCUUUCAUUAUUUGGUGAAUAGACCUAAGAAAUCUUGAAUUCUAAUUAAAAAUUAAAUUUUAUCUGAUAUUAGGAACAAGUAUUAAAUGCCACUAAAUUUUCCUAAACUUUAAACAUAUUUAACUUUAUAAGUGAAAUAGAAAGUUUCUAUUAGUCAUACUUAUGAUUAGAAUCUUGAAAAAAAAAUGUGCCAAAUUAUCGAGAAUAUUCAAAAAAUACUGUAAUUGUCUUCUACUUUGACUUAAUUAGCAUAAAAAAUUAAAAUCAAGGAAAGAUUUGCAUGGUGAAAUGCGAAAGUAGAUAUUUGACUAAAAUAAAAUAUCGUCUGUAUCAAUAUAUGUAUACAUAGCAGUAUAUUGUCUAUAUGGCAAUAGGUCUGUUGGUUAUAAUUAGAUUUUAGUCCUGUUAUGAAUGCAGCCAAGUAUUCAGAGUAUAUUACGGCAUUUCCUCAUGAGGAUAGAUGGAAAACGGAAAGUAGUGGAUCUGAUGGCAAAAAACAGUGGGGAUAUACGAUUGAAUACAAUAUGUAAUUUCGGAGUCAUUAGCAAUGAACCACUGAAUUGGUGAACGAAACGCACAUUUUUCUGCUACAAAGAUAUUUAUAACAAUAAAAUGUUUCAGUUUAUAACGAUAACAGGCACAACAAUUACAAAAGUUAUGUUUUCAACAUUAUUCGUUAAAAUUAAAUAUAGUUUCUCACCAUGAAGAAAAUACUUCAAAUAGAACAAAAUGGCCGCUAUGAUAUUAAAUUGAAUAAAAAAAGUUCAAUGGAACUUUACAAAGAAGCAUAUCGGAUAAUUGAGACGAAAUUUUUAUAAUACGAAUUGAAAGAAACCAUUUAUUUUUUGUGACUCUCAAGUUUUAACUUAUCAAUUUUCAUCUUAUUUAGUAUGCAUAAAUCAUGAGAAAAUAAAUUUUUGCUACAUUCAUAGUUUUUAAGAUAAAAAACAACUCAAGAUAAUACAGAUUUAGAAGAGUUAAGUAAAAAUGUUCAAAUGGGUAAUUUCAUAACCGUGAUUAUUUUUCAUUUUCAAUUAAAUCAUGGUUUAUCUGGGUACUCGAAAGAGCGUAUUGUAUUUAUUUUCUAGUCUUCAUGAUAGGUGUGUUAAUUUGAGCGUGACAUAAUACUCAUUUUUAAAAUUUUAGAUUCUUUACUUGCAACAUUCUCUUUGCAUUAUUUAGCUGGGUAGAUACAAUAUUGACAUACUCGUAUAAUGAACAAUAACUCUUAUGUAUAAGCCUUGUUUCUUCCAUGGAAUAAAUGAAUUGCUUACAGAAUUUGAUGUGUAAGGAAAUCAAUAAAAAAUAAUAAAAAGAUUUAUGCAA